AUGAUCAUUUUUGAGAUGCUGGGUCUCAGAACUCUUCACCUGAUCCUUUCACUAAUCGGUUAUGUGAUCGCGAUACAAGUCUGCCCGGAUCCGGCGUGUCCAUACGCUGGAGCUUGGGGCGACUGGACGAUAGUUUCUACGUGUACAGCGACGUGUGGAAUGAAUGGACUACGCGUGGAGACACGUGAAUGUGUCUCCGAGAAGUUUGGAUGUCCUUGCAACGGAGCAGUUUCGCGCAUAGUCGCGUGCCCUGAUUCGAUGUGUCCGUCUCCAAGCCCUACUUGUGCUGAUGGCUAUGCGAAGAAGCUGAACGUGACAAGCAAGGCCUACACGUGCCAAGCCAUCAACGUCACCGCGACUGUAGUGCCGAAUCCGAGUUUCACCUGUGACAUGACCGCAACAAUCGAUUGUCCGCGAGUUCCGCUGAAUGGAAUCUGGUCGGCCUGGUCGAACGUUCCUGGGACGUCAUGCACGGCGACUUGUGGUAAUAAAGGAACCGUGGAGGAAACUCGCACCUGCUUGACGUCAAAUGUCAGGAACUGCACUGGAAUCUCCACGAGAACGGCGAGAUGUCCACCCCAACCAUGCACGACCGCACCAUUUUGUCGUCUCAACGCGCCUAUCCUGACGUUCACAGUCAAUGGAAGGCAGACCGAUCGGUGUGGAUAUGAGAUACCUGAGCAAGAGACGCCGUGCUUCCCGGCUGGUUGUAAUGGUGGGCGCGGUCGUAGAGUAAAAAGUGUUGAUAGUGGUCACCACGACAACAACGACAACGACAACGACAACGACAACGACAACGACGACUACGAGGCCUACUACGACUACGUCUACGACCACCACGUCUACCACUACCACCACUACUACCACCAGGACGACGGCGAUAACUACCACUACAAGGCUUCCCUACUUCCUGGAGUGCCUCGGUUAUGGCCCAUACACCACAACCUGCGUGCCCGAUUUCCCACUGAACGUCGGCCAGUCGUUGAACGUGACGGCGCCAAUCAGCGGCAGCAACGCUUUUUGUUGGCAAUGGCCACUACCAACCCGGUUAACACCUCUGACGGUUGCUUCGAGGGAAUUACGCUUUUUAAGCUAAUCUUGCGCGAUGGGGUCUGCCUGGCCUAUGUUCCGGAAGUCGGAGUGAUCAGUCUUUACGGGACCGGACAAUUUGACGAAUGUGCGCCAGGGACGCUUCAAAUGCAAAUCACCCGCGACGCAGUAGAUACGCUACGCAUCUCAGCAACGUAUCUGGCAUAUAAUCAAACAUGGACGAUGGCGAUUCCCCCCAAUUUCUCCAUCCGAUACCUGAAGGAUGUAGCCGGCGGGCCGGUGACCUACUCGGUGCCCACCUACGCAACUCGAUACGGCAGCUGGUGUGGGCUGGAUGGCAAUACGACAACUACGACCACCACGACCACCGCCAUCACUACCACCACAACCAAUUACCAGGAAUGCCUCGGUUCCGAACCAUACGUUACCCACUGCCUGAUGGACUUCCCACUGGACGUUGGGCAGUCGUUCAACGUGGCGGCGAUGAUUAAUGGGAGCACCAACACGAUAGAUCAUUUUACCGGUUUUCCGGUAUAUUUCGCGUUCGCAAUGGCCAACGCGAAUGUUGGUGCUGAUGCUAACGCGUCCUGCAUUGAAGGACAGACGCUAAUCAAAGUCCUCUACGUGGCACAGUCGCUUUGCGGCGUCUUGCAAGUCACUGGACCAGAUGGACGUGCGGACUUAUUUGGUGCGGCACAAGACGAAGGCGAAUGUCGCCCCGGGCAACUUCAAAUGCAAAUCACCCGCACCGCAGCCGAUAAAAUACUCAUCGGAGCAACUUACCUGGCCUACAAUGCCACCUGGACGCUGCUAAUUAACCCGAAUUUCGCUCUCAGAAGUCUUAAGGCGUCAACCGGCCGGUCGGUGAAAUAUUCCGUGUCUAAUUACGAGAAUAACAGUGUCGCAUGGUGUAUGUUUACCACGUCAACUCUGUCGGGAGGC